CCUCAAAAUUGCAUAUACAGUUGCUCUCUUGUUUCCACCCUAUCUCACUCUCUCUUUGUGUUUGUUUCCUAAUUGUUCCCAGCUAUGUUGGAUUCUGUGUUGGAGUUCAUCACUCAAGCUGCUUCCAGCUCAACAUUCAUUUUCUGCUUCUGCAAUUUGAUCAUAGUCAUUAUCCUAGUGGACUUGAAGCCUAGCCUCAGCAUUCAUCAAGAAAGUGAAAUCCCUCCUUCCAAAGGUGACGAGAAUGAGAAACAAAGAGCAAAAUACUCUAAUUCUCUUGUGGAAAAAGAGACAGCAUCAUUGCCACAAGCAGUGGAAGUGUCACAUGAUCAGGAAGCAGAAACAGUUGAGAGCAUUGGAAUUGAAGGCAAUGAUUAUUGCAACAACGAAGAUGAGGAAAAAGUGGAAGAGGAGGAUGACGACGAAGACAACAACGAUGAGGAUGAGCUGAAGAGAAGAGUGGAAGAGUUUAUAGAGAAAGUUAACAAAGGGUGGAAGGAAGAACUGUUGAGCACAUGCAUAGGACUCAAAUAAAUGAUAAGGAAAGUUAGGCCUUAACUUUGGGUUAUUAAACUCAGGCUUGAAACAUUUAAGUCUUGUGUUGAAUUUUGUUGUAUUGUAGCAUUCAAGAAAAUAAUAUAGAAAUAGUUGUUUAUAUGUGCAUACAUAAAAUCUCUUUGGUUCGGAAUAGAAAUCAAUUCCUCUUGCUUGUGUUUUGGAUGCAAUUGUUCCAACACGUCAACCAUAGUGCCUUGGUAAAUCAAACCAGAAAAUGAAUGAAAGUUGAGUGAUUGAGUGAGUUUCCCUGAAAGAUAGAAUAGAAGAUAAGAAUUUUCAAUGUAUAGAACUUUAUUCUAAUUGCUCACAUCACAUGGAUAAGGGGAAAAAGUUAUGUGCAUAAAGAGCAUGCUUGGAAGCAGCAUA